AUGGAAGAAGCAGUUUUCUACAUCCAGGGUUUGCCUGAGAAAAAAAGCGAGCCGCUAGCUUCUGCCACAUCUAUUCACAGCGGACAGCACGUUGCGCUGUUUCGGGCGGGCGCUCCAAGACACGGAGCUGCUCUUUCAGGUAUAGGUCCAAACGAGCGUCUUUUCGUGGCCGGCGCCAGCGCCAUCAUCUUUUCGUAUUUGUGGGGAAAGGAGAGCGUGGACCAGCGGUUCCCUGUUCCUGAACAGAUGGCUUGUCUUGCGGUGGCAAACCAUCCAGAAACUGUCUCUGACAAAACCAAUGUGACUUCUCCAUCCUCAUCGCCAUUGUCUGCGCCAGCCUGUCCCUGGCUUCUUGCGGCCGGUGCUCCAUCAGGCCGCUUGUACGUGUGGGAGCUUGCGUCGGGCCGCCUUCUAUGUGUGAAGGAUGCCCAUUACCAGGCGCUCACGAUGAUCCAGUUUUCUCGUUGCGGCACGUUUGCGGUGACAGCAGGAGAAGAUGCGCGGGUUCUGGUGUGGCGGACAAGCGACUUGGUUACAGGCACAGCGGCGCCGUUUGCUACUUUUGCCGACCACACAUUGGCGGUGACGGAUAUUUGCGUCGACUCGGGCUCUCUUUCUGUCGUGUCGGCCUCGCGCGACGGCACAGUGCGGGUGUACGAUAUUAUGAGCAAAACGCUCCGGUCGACGUUUGUGUUUUCGCAGCCCGUUUCGAGCGUGGCGCGCGAUCCCGCAGGCCGCGCGCUCUACGCAGCUUUGGCCGACGGAACCAUUCGACAAGUGCAAAUGUACACGGUAAAUCCACACACACACAUGAUGGAGGCCGUUGGCAGUGGGAUUGUCACAGUUCCAGCAGACCCAGAAUUGGCCUACACAUUUGUGCACCAUGGUUCGGCCGAGGUGACGCUGUUGGCCAUGUCGAUGGAUGGAAUUAACCUUGUUUCAGGCGACAGCGAGGGCCGCGUUUUCGUCACAGACGUGGUGACCAAGCAAGUUGUGCGCGCCUUCACUGCGGGAGCAAGCGUUUCGCACUUGGAGGUUGGCGUGUUCUCGCGUGAGAAAAAGGCCGCGCCUGCGCGCAUGCUUAUUCCGCUCAAGCGCGUGGUGGCGGCGCAAGAUCCGCUCGAGCAUCUGGUGGCAGUGCAGAUCCGCGCCGAUGAACACGGUUCUGCCGCCGCUAAAUCGGCGCCCGACUUUGCGGCGUGGCUCGAGGAAAAAGCGCACCAACAAUGGGAAUUUGCACAAGAGGCACCCGAACAACAAAAGUUACAAAAAUUGUCAGCAGCAUACAAUGCAUUGAAGGAGAACUAUGAAAAGUUGCUUGCGGGAAAGGAGGAAAACUGA